CCUUGUUGUCCUCACCUCACAUUCACACAAUUACGUCCGUCUGCUUUUUCCUGUUUCAAAUCGGCAGAGUUUCUACAAAAGUUUCCCUCAAGCACAUUGAUCAAGAAUAGAAAAUUAUCGAACUUUGAUCUCUAUUAAACAAGAACUCCUCAUUUGAACAAUUCAUAAGAAAGAAAUCGAACGUCAUGGAGGAGGAUGAAGAGAUCUGCAGAGUGUGUCGCUCAGAGGCCACACCUGAACAGCCGUUGUUCCAUCCAUGCAAAUGCUCAGGAAGCAUUCGUUACGUUCAUCAAGACUGUUUAUUAGAAUGGCUCGAGCACAGCAACAAAAGAUAUUGCGAGCUUUGCAAACAUAGCUUCGGAUUUACACCUAUUUAUGCGCCAGAAAUGCCAGAAACAAUUCCAAAAUGGAUUCUCAUUAAAAAGGGUUUUGAUAGUCUAGGAACGGGAGUCAAGUUGAUCCUUAGAGCAGUUCUAGUCAUGACGAUAUGGCUUGUUAUACUGCCUUAUUUCACGAUUUGGAUCUGGCGCCUGUACUUCUGGGUUGGAGACUGGUUCGCCUUUAGCGCCAAUGGAUUGCCAGUACCAGUCGAUGGAUCUUUCAAUUCAACAAGAGUAACAGCCACCAACACGGGGACUACGGCAACAUUAGAUGCAAAAGCCUAUGAACAAAUGGAUAGCUUCACACGGUUUGUCCAUCGGACAGUUCCACCAGAAUAUAAAUGGCUCAGCACGUUUAUCCUGGAUUGCUUCGAAGGGCAGAUAAUCAGCGCAGUUGUAGUCGUAGUAUUUGUCGCCAUUUUCUUACUUCGGGAAUGGGUUAUCCAGAACCAGGAUGCUGAUGAGAAUGGUGUUAUGAUAGAUAUUCCAGAUCGACCGGUAGAGGCAGCGCAGAUCGACCAGGCGGAUAUCGAUAAUGUUAACCGCUUUCUUUUAGCUGAGUUACGGCGCCAGCAGGAAGCAGCGAACAGACUGCGGGAGCUAAAUGACAGGCGUCCUCCUCAGCAAAAUCCACAGGUCUUUCCAUUACCUAUGCAACGUGAUCCAAGGAUCGAGCAACAUGAUCGUCAUGAUGUUUGGAGGGAUGAAGCGUUUGGUUUCGAUAAUCAGAGAAACCGCCUGCGUCGGACACCAUUUUUGCCCGAUACGCCAAGGUUCCUAGCUGAAGACACUAUCCCCAAUAAUGAAGAAUCCUCGUCAUCGUCAUCAUCAUCGUCAUCUUCAUCAUCGUCAUCUUCAUCAUCAUCAUCUGUACGGCCUGGAUUCGUGUAUGCUUCCCCCAGUCAAACACAAUCCGACGCUCCUUGGGCCUAUGGAUCCCCUUCAACAUCAUCACAUAACAAUCAUCCCAUUGAUACUGAAAAUGGCGAAGGAUCAUCUACGGGAUGGAGGGCGUAUGGUGUACGGAGCAAAGAAUCGCCUUCAACAUGGGUCCAGUAUGGCGUUGAGGAUGAUGAGCAGAUCCAAACACGAGGAAAGGUGCCAUUAUACUGGAAAUUAGGCGCUCCAUUAACAUACAGAAAUCUGUUUUUGAAAACCGAUGGCACUGAAAUGACUCUGGAUGAAAAGAUCAUUCGCUGUGAGGAGCUCUUGCGAACUAUUAAUCUUUCGUAUAAGGAUCGUAUCGUGCUUCUUUUGUGGCGAGCAGACACACUGCCCUCAGCACCGAUCGAUAUUUUUGACAAUAAAUUAUUUUCCUUGCAGCUUGAUCAGGAUACUGCUGGAAUGGAGGAUUCCCUGGAGACCGAGGUGGUGCGUGCAGAGGAGCGACUUCGAGCCGCUAUUGCGGAAGUACAGGGCGAGCCCGUACAUAUUUUGCGUCCUACAUUGCGGCCUGAUCAAAUCCCAGCACCAGCACCAGCGCCAGCGCCAGCACCAGCACCACCUGCUGUUCCUGCGCCUCCAGCAUUGGCGGAUCAAAAUGACGAUCUUGACGAUAUGAAUGUGGAGGAGCUGGAUGGGAUUUUGGAAGUUAUUGGAAUGCGUGGCUCAUAUUGGUUAUUGCUUCAAAAUUCAUUGCUCAUGUCAGCAUUGAUUUGUGCCAGUCUGGGUCUUGGUGUUUGGGUGCCAUAUAUGCUUGGCAAGACGGUCAUACUUAUGAAUCCAUUCAACAUCCUGCGGAUACCUCUCAGGAUCCUCAACAAAAUCACGGAUCCCAUUACGGACUUUUUGCUCGAUAGGAUCAUGCCGCUCUUGGGGACUCUCGUGUCGAGGCCGCUAAAAUUAUUUUCGAAUCAAAUUGCGCCUCGUGUAAAUCCUAUGCUUGCGCCUUAUCUUGGCGGGUCAGCGCUCGAGCCUUUGACAGAUAUGAUUCAACAGCGCGUGGUACCCGUGUGGAGAACCAUUAUUGAGGAAGCUGCAGGAACAGCGUCCACAAAGGCGCAGGAGACUUUGAACACAGAGGUCCCGAAAGCUUCUCAAACAUCUCUAGCAGUAGGCGGAGCAACUUUCCAGCAAUUGAUCGUGAAAUGGAAUGCUAUUGCCUAUGGAGGCUCGUCCAACAACAAAAUUACGGCUAUUGCUAUAGGUUAUGCUAUUAUAUUUGCACUGGCAUGGUGGUACAUGAACAAACGACAUCAGCCUUAUGGUAACGCCGUUAGUAAGGUCAUACGAGGGGUCCUUCGACAACAAUAUCUUAUUUUAAAGAUCGCAUUCUUUGUUACGAUUGAGAUGGUAGUGUUCCCUCUAUUCUGUGGAAUUGUUGUUGGGGUGACAACUCUGCCUGUACUUCCUGGAGCAACGCUGGCCUCACGAUGGGCAUUCUACUUACAAUCGCCCAACUGGUCCAUCAUCAUGCACUGGCUUAUCGGGACGGCUUUUAUGUUCAAUUUUUCGGUGUUUGUUAGUAUUUGUCGAGGCGUUGUUCGGCCAGGUGUGAUGUGGUUUAUUCGUGAUCCCAAUGACGAAGGCUUUCAUCCAGUGCGAGAGUUUCUGGAGCGCCCUGUCCUUGUUCAGCUGCGGAAGUUGGCCACCGGUGCGUUGAUGUACUUGACUCUGAUUGUUCUUGGCGUCAGUAUAACUGUGCAGGUCAUUAACUUGGUUUUGAGAGGAGCUUUUCCACUUCGGUGGCCUGUUAACGAGCCAAUUUCGGACCUACCAAUUGAUAUGCUAUUGUUCCAUUUAGUAGUGCCGUUCACGUUUUCUUGGAUCAAUCCGGCACAGGUUUUCAGCACCAUAUUCAAACUUUGGUGGCGCAAGCUUGCUAAGAUGAUGCGUUUAAGCUCAUUCAUGUAUGGAAAAGAAGGUCAAAGGUUCCCAGAGGAGGAAGGACAUAUUGUAUAUCGCACAUGGAAGGCAUGGCUUUUGGGAUGGCGUCCUCCUAUUCCUGAACUUGAUGGACACGAUCACGAUAUAGAUGCCAACGCAAGCACAGUAGGUAGUGGUGAGGAACUCGACAUCGACGCUCCUGUCAUUUUCGUCCGAGAUGGAGGUCUUUACAGAGUACCUAAUACCGACCGGAUUGUGCACUUGAAAAACCGCCGAGUUCUAGUUCCUGUCGACUCUGAAGGACGGGCACUGGAUCCCAAAGAAGAUCAACCUGGAGAAAUUGAUCCGCUUAUGGAGAUUCAGCCCCGCGGGAGGGAGCCUCGGGGACCGAUCGACCCAAGAGUGGGUACGGUGAUUGUUUAUGCACCACCUAACUUUAAAUACCGUUUAAUCACAUUCAUUGUUUUGAUUUGGACAACAACGACCACAUUCUUGGCAUUGUCGGUUAUUACCCCACUUCUAUGUGGAAGAUACGUAUUUAGUUUUUUAACAGAGAAACAGGUCCACGACGUGUACUCUUUCACUGUUGGCGUCUACUUGGUUAGUGGAAUCUGGCAUUUCCUGACAUGGGCAGAGAAAAUGGGAAAGUCUCGUCGAGUUCGACGCAGUCGACGUGGUUCUUGGUUGAAGGCGCUUUUCAAAUUUUGCAAGCGCGCGAUCAACGUGGUUUAUUUCGGUACUUUUCUUGGUAUUAUCUUUCCUUUCAUACUCGGCUUAAUGGUGGAGCUCUUCAUUAUCAUUCCCUUCAGGUCUGCGAUCAGCGGCAGGAAUGAAAUCAUACCUGUCUUUAGCUGGUCUGCUGGAAUGAUUUACAUGAAGAUUAUGCAUCAUAUAGCAUCGAGGACUCCUGAUUUGCCCGUAAUGCAGGAUAUAAACCGAGUUUUUGUCACGACUGAUCCUGCGCGAUGGAAAGCAGGAUAUGCAACAAAGCGAUUCUUUGCUCCGUACCUUUUGAUUAGUAUUGGUGUAAUCAGUUUACCUGCUAUAUUCGCCUGGACAGUCGCAGCAGGUCUGCGGCUGGAGGGUGAAUCGAGGAUAUUCUUUUUCAAGAUAUCAUAUCCCCUAGUACUAUGGAUAGGAUUAAUGAUCUUUUUAUUCAAAGAGAGCGUGGUGGUUCUCAAUGGAUGGAGUCAGUAUGUGCGCGAUCAGGAGUAUUUGAGAGGACAGCAGCUUCAUAAUUUAGUGGAAGACGUCGAGCAAGAGGAUGUAGUAGCUAUGAGAGAUACAGAUGCGGAGAAUCAACCAGCUCCAGUACAGGAAAACAGACCUCAAUCAGAACUGCAGCACCAGCAAGCUGAGCAAGCUGAUCAAUCUUCAACAGACAAGGGAUCUGGAGGAGGUGGUAGGCGCCAAGGGAUCUCCGAGCAAGAGUAUGAUAAAUAUUCAGGUGGAAGAGAGGCUGGGGGGGAGGCUGAUGAUGGGAUACCAGAUUUGGAGUCUGUGAAUACUUUUUAUGGUGGGCAAGGGGCUCGAAGUACGUGGGUUGGUAGCAGUAGCAGCAGCAGUAGUGGGGCGAACCAACGAGGACGAGGCAAUUAUGGUUAUCCAAAAGCGUAUGAUGAGGAGGAUGGAAUCAAGGGUUUGGGCAGCAUGAAGGUGGAGGAUGAGGAUAAUAAGCAGGAGGAGAUGGAUGAUGGGGAUGGUUCCGAGGUUUUGAGAGGAGAAAGAAUUCAUGUCCGGCGGAGUCAGCGGUUACAGGCAAAUAGAGAAGGUCAAGGUGUCCGUUUCUGAGGACACGCCGACCACGGUUCAUUGAGUAUCCAAAGUUCUUGACAUGUGUAAAAAAAAGGACAUCCCAGCCACUUCCCUUGACAUCUUUACAAUAGCAAUAACAACAAAACAACAACAACAACAAAACAACAUAUAUAUAUAUUAAAUAGUUUUUCUAAAGCAAGUAGACAAAUUUAAUAAGCAAAGAU